AUGCAAGCCACAACACCAAUCAAUGUAGAUAAGUUAGCGUGGGAGCUACAGAGACAUCCUGAUAGAUAUUUCGUAAAUUCAUUAAUUAACGGGUUACGUAAAGGAUUUUUUACAGGCGUAUCAUCCUUACCGGAAAAGGUUUUAGAAUGUAAAAACCUGCUUUCUACUACAAAAUGUCCAGAUGACGUUUCCGGAUUAGUCAAAUCAGAAUUAGACAAUAAUUUUGUUAUAGGCCCAUUUACGAAAGCCCCUUUUGAUAUAUACAGGGUUAGUCCUGUUGGCAUUGUUGAAGGUAAAUAUUCUAAAAAGAAAAGACUUAUACUUGAUUUAUCUGCACCUCACAAUAGUGAUGAGCAUAGUAGUGUCAACGACCUCAUCAAUAAAGAAGAUUUUUCGCUUUCGUAUAUUAAAAUCGAUGAUGCAAUUAAAAUCAUCAAAGAAUACGGUUUUGCCUCAAGAUGUUGUAAAUUGGACGUAUCUAAUGCAUUUAAAUUAAUCCCUAUUCAUCCGAGUUUAUGGCAUUUAUAUGGAUUUAAAUGGAAAAAUAUGUAUUACUUUUACACUAGAUUAGCAUUUGGGUGUCGUUCCAGUCCCAAACUUUUUGACAAUUUAUCUAUUGCUAUGUGUUGGAUUUUACACAAUAAUUAUGGAGUUAAUACAGUUCUACAUCUACUAGAUGAUUUCUUAACAAUCGACAGACCGUCAGCAAAUGCCGACGCUACUAUGAAAACUUUAGUUUCCGUGUUUGAUUCACUUGAAAUUCCGAUCGCAAAACAUAAAACUUUAGGACCGGUAACAUGCAUCGAAUACUUGGGUAUAAUAUUGGACACUAUUCGUAUGGAAGCUAGAUUACCCGAAAAUAAAUUAUGUCGAAUUAAGGAAUACCUAUUGUUUUUCCUCAACCGCAAAACAUGUACAAAACGUGAGAUGUUAAGUUUAUUGGGUCAUUUAAAUUUUGCUAUGAGAGUCAUUAUUCCUGGGAGAUCGUUUAUAUCUUAUCUACUUAACAUAGCUCACUCUGUUAAAGAACUUCAUCACCAUGUCACUUUAAAUUCUAGUUGUAGAAAUGAUUUAUCAUUGUGGCAUAAGUUCUUAGAUCAGUGGAAUGGAAUUUCUUUCUUUAUUGAUGAUAAUAUAGUAAAUGCGUCUGAUUUUGAUUUAUAUACUGAUGCUGCGUCAACCGUGGGAUUUGGAGGUUAUUUCAAAAAUCGAUGGUUUCAAGCGUUAUGGCCCAUAGAAAUGAAAUUAGAUAAGGAAUUAUCAAUGUCUAUGGCUUACAUGGAAUUAUAUCCUAUAGUAAUUGCUGCUAUUAUAUGGGGUGAUGAGUGGUCAGGGAAGCGUAUUCUAUUUCACUGUGAUAAUAUGGCAACAGUUUUAAUUAUAAAGAAAGGAAGAUCAAAAUCAUUAGAAAUUAUGAAAUUAAUGAGACGUCUAACUUGGUGUUCCGCAAAAUACAAUUUUAUUAUUCACGCUACUCAUGUAGCCGGAAAAUGUAAUACUAUAGCUGAUGCUCUCUCUCGAUUUCAGAUGGAUCGUUUUCGUCAACUGUGUCCGACAGCAUCAGUGGAACCUUGUCACUGCCCGCCCCACUCAGAAAUUCUGUGGAAUUAA